AAUCAAAAUCCAUAUAAGAUUGUAAAAUACAUUAAAUUUUUUUGAAAUAAGUCACAUAAAAAAAUUCAUUACAAUGAUCUGAAAUACAAAUUGACGAUACCUUUAAUGUAGAAUAUCGUUUUAUUUUAUACUAAUUAAUAAAGAUUUUUAUUUUGAAUGCCAACCGUUUCACGCCAAUUGUAUUUUUACCACGUAUUCACGCAAGUUUGAAGAAACAAUGAGCAGAUGCAGCCUCUUUUUCAUGUGUUACUAAUCUGACCAACCAUUAUUAUAUUACUCUCUUCGAAAUUGGCAACGUUGACCAAAUACCGUGCCAAAACUGCAAUAGGCUACGCGUUCAAAGACGCAAAAACCCAGCAGAGGCAGCACCAGAAGGAACCGAGAAAAUUUAUCAUUUCUUCUUCGCAGAAAAAGCAUAAAAUCUGUUCUCACCGUCAGAACAGACGAAUCAACUUUCUCCAACUGACACGCGUUUUGAUUCUUAAGUACGCGUGCGUGGGUGCGUGUAUAUAUAUUGAUGCAGAUGUUGAGAGCCACCACCAAGAUUUUGCCAUAUCUUUCUUCUGCAGACAAAGGUUCUUCUGCGUCUUCUGUUGUCGCCCAUCAUCAUUAUUUAACAAAGAGGCCUUGCUUUGGAACUCUUUCACCUUCCUCACCAUCCUUGCCUGGCUUUCGCAAAGAUUCAAAAGAUAUUCCACACUUGAUUCAAGCCAUGUCGGUUUCAACGAAUUCACCCUCCGUUGCACAACAAGCCGUGCCUGAAAAUGAAGUCGAACAAGUUGAGUUGCUCGCUGCAGUUGAGGAUUUAUAUGGAGGAGUUGUUGUGGACGUGACCGAACCUAUUGAUUCUGCGGUUUUCGCCUCUUUGCUCCAAGCUUCCAUAUCGCAAUGGAGGCAAAAGGGGAAGAAGGGCGUUUGGAUCAAAUUGCCUAUCGAACGGUCAAACCUUGUUGAUGCCGCAGUUAAGGAAGGCUUUAGGUACCACCAUGCUGAAUCAGAUUACUUAAUGCUUGUACGUUGGAUUUCCGAAACUGAUGAUACUCUCCCUGCAAAUGCUUCGCACCGAGUGGGCAUUGGCGCUUUUGUCAUGAACAGUAAGAGGGAGGUGCUUGUGGUUCAGGAGUUAAGUGGCAGAUUCAGCAAUACAGAUGUGUGGAAGAUGCCAACUGGGGUUGUCAAUGAAGGUGAGGAUAUCUGCGAAGCUGCUGUUAGAGAGGUUAAAGAAGAGACAGGAAUUGAUACGGAGUUUGUGGAGGUUUUAGCUUUUAGGCAAAGCCACAAGUCAUUCUUUCGAAAGUCAGAUUUGUUCAUUGUUUGCAUGUUGACCCCAAAAUCCUUUGACAUCCAAGAGCAGAACUUGGAGAUUGAGGCAGCCCAGUGGAUGCCAGUUGCGGACUAUGCAGCUCAACCCUUUGUUAAGAAAAACAAACUCUUUGACUAUAUAGCAAAAAUAUGCUUGGCAAAAUCAGACAAGAACUAUGUCGGUUUUACUGCGCUGGGUACAACUACAUCCUCUGGAAAAAGAAGCUACCUGUACUAUAACAACCGGGAUAUGGAAAACCUACUGGCCACCGGUGAUCCUCAGUAGAUAACGUUGACCUCUACUUCGAUAAUAUAUACAUAUAUAUGUGUGUACUACCGGUGAUCUGCGAUAGAAAUGGUACCUCUACUCCAUAUAUGUUAUUGGACGAGGUCAACGUUUCUGCUGCAGAUCACCAGUAGUGUGUGUGUGUAUAUAUAGUUGCAACAACAGUUAGUAUAAAUUCCUAGCUAUCUAAAUAAUGGUUCCUGUAUAGAUCGAUGUUUUUUACAUUGCUUUAUACAAUGAUAAGCUCAAUUACUUGUGUGCUGAGUCACAUAUUCGAUUUAUAUGUUGAUUGUUUUUUACUGCAAGCUGUAUUGCUCUUCGAAUUGUCGUAGGUCAGGAACCUGCUAAUGGAUUUGCAAUUUGCUUCAAUAUAAUAAAAUAUACAAGUUGUUCUAUUGUA